CAAAGGUUAUCCCGACGAAGAACUAAGAACAAAGUGAACAUCUCGCAGAAACUCAUAACUCAUUCAAUUGUUAAGAAUGCUUAACUUAUGUACAUGAAUUGUGAGAUCCCACAUCGGUUGGGGAGGAGAAUGUGGGAUGCCUAUGUCGAGCAGGCGCUAGCGCAGCUAGGGUUUCUCCAAUUGCUCAGAUCUUUGAGACCCAUUACGCCAUCACUCGAGAAACUAAAUCCCGUUGACGACGAAGCUCCCAUCGAAGCGAAAGAAGAUGGUGAAUUCAAGGUGUUCGACGAAAUGCAGCCGUGGGAUAGGGCCUCUGUGGAGGUUGAAAUUGCGGAAUCCACUGUCCAGAAGUGGCUUCUUGAUAUUCCCAGUUCCGGAGAUGAAAUUAUAACCAAAGGUGGCGCCAUAAAAAGUCUAGGGGAACAUCCUCAUCAAUUCAAAAAGUUAAUUCUAUUUUCUGGAAAUGAUUAUCUGGGAUUAAGUUCCCAUCCGACAAUAGGAAGAGCUGCAGCAAAGGCUGCUCUAGAAUAUAGAAUGGGCCCCAGGGGUUCUGCUCUAAUCUGUGGAUAUACCUUCCAUCAUAGGCUGCUAGAAUCAUGCUUGGCCAAAUUAAAGAAGAAAGAGGAUUGCCUUCUUUGUCCUACUGGAUUUGCAGCCAACAUGGCAUUGAUGGUAGCAAUAGGAAAUAUUGGCUCGCUCUUAACUGAAAGAAAAGCUUCAUCUGAAGAUCAGAAGAUUGCCAUAUUUUCUGAUUCACUGAAUCAUGCAUCUAUUAUUGAUGGCGUUCGUCUUGCGGAUCGACAAAGAAAUGUGGAACUGUUCAUCUAUAGGCAUUGUGAUAUGGCUCAUCUCAAUGCUUUAUUAUCAAGUUGCACACUUACAAAGAAAGUUGUCGUAACUGAUAGCUUAUUUAGCAUGGAUGGAGACUUUGCGCCCAUGAGGGAACUUGCAAAGCUUCGCAAGAAGCAUGGAUUUUUGUUAGUUAUUGAUGAUGCUCAUGGAACAUUUGUUUGUGGCAAAAAUGGUGGGGGUGUAGCCGAGAUGUUCAAUUGUGAAAGAGAUGUUGACAUAUGUGUUGGCACCUUGAGCAAAGCAGCAGGGUGUUUUGGUGGGUUCAUCGCGUGCAGCAAAAGGUGGAAAUUGCUCAUUCAAUCAAGGGGCCGAUCCUUUAUAUUUUCAACUGCUGCACCCAUCCCUCUUAUUGCUGCUGGCCAUGCAGCUGCAGUCUUGGUGGCUAAGAGGGAAAUGUGGCGAAGAAGGGAAAUUUGGAAUCGGGUGCAAGAUUUUCGUGAUUUGACUGGAAUCCCUAUCCAAAGCCCCAUAAUCUCUCUUAUUGUAGGUAGCGAAGGGAAGGCAUUGGAAGCCAGCAGGCAUUUGCUGAAAUCCGGUUUUCAUGUGACUGCAAUAAGGCCUCCUACAGUUCCAGCCAACUCUUGCAGGCUUCGGGUGACCUUGAGUGCAACGCAUACGACAGAAGACGUGAAGAAGCUGACAAGUGCACUCUUGCAGUGCAUUAGGUUUCAAGAUAUUGCUAUCAAUGGGUCGAACAGGCAUGCAAGAUUGUAGGUUCUUCAUUUCUUUAGCUCUUCCGUCGAAUUUUCCUUGAUUUUUCAUGUUAUAAAUCCACAAUUGCUGAAAUACAAAUUAUUUUCAUUGUAGAGAAUGGAUAGGUUUAUCAAUUUUGGUUGAACAGAACCUAACAUUUUGCAUCCAUUUGUAGUUGUUUGUAGUAGUGCAAUCAUUUUAGUGUAUACAUACACAUAUAUUCUUAUUUAUUUGA